CUUAUUGCUCUUGAACUGUUCUGUCUCGUCUCACAUUUGAACUUUGGGGCAAUUUUCUAAACUCGGCUGUUUGACCUCGCUUUGUUCAGGCUCUGUGUGAUAUUUAGAGUUCGUCCUCGUCCCUGUAAAAGACUGAUUUUCUGAAGUUGACUCCUGCAGCAUGGUUCAUAAGUAUGACACAGACAGGGCUGUGGGUCUGCUCACACAGUACCAGGCCAACCUGACUGACCCAGGGGAGCAGCUGCUGAAGACCAGCGUGGCCAAAGUGUCUGCUGUUUUGGGCAGCCAACUUUUUAAAGCACUUCUAGAUAUUCAGGAGUGUUACGAGGUGACCUUGCAGCUGAAUGCAGAACAAACUGUUGUGAAAGAGGCGAACCAGCAGCAUGCGUGGGAGGAAGGGGUAGAGGAAGAGGAGGGUGUGUCUGUGGUGCGAGUGACCAGCAGGAGGAGUCCUCACAAAGUGGAGCGAGUGUCUGGCCUUGUGACGCUGUCUACAGUGGACAUACCAGAGCCCUUUGCCUGCAGGCGUUGGCUUUUCACACAAGAUCCCCUGCUACUGAAGAGGGGUUUGGGAGGGGCUCAAAAGGAGACAUAAAACUCUAUGAUAAUGAGAGUGUGAGAAAAUGGUGAGGCUACAUGGGAAGAUAGCACGUUGCUGGUUUGUGUGUCUCUUUCACUUGAAGGAAGCUGGCAUUAUGACGAGGAGGAGAGUGGGGGUGUGGAGUGGAGCAUACAGUGGGGGAGGCUACAGAGAGGCGAGGGCCGGUGCAGUGCAGAGCUCGA